AUUGUUAGAUUGCUAAACUCUUAUGGAAAGAAAUCCGCGUUGAGAAAUGGGUUGCUAAAGUCCGAUAAUUUCCCCGAAUUGCUCACAUUUUUUACGGAAAACUUGGAUCAUUUUCCACAAAUGAUUCAUAAUUCAUUGAUUCAGACGAUAGCAAUAAUAACAUCAGGUGCUGCUGAUGAUGACAUCAAGCAAUCAUACUUUCAAAUGAUCACUGGAGCUAUUGAGAGACCUGAUUUUUCACAAAUAUAUCAACAAGCUGAUAUCAUUUCUGAAGUUCAAAAUGCUUUAGAGGUGGGU